AUGGGUGUAAGUAUCUGACAUUUUAAGUUUUUAAAAUUUGGCCAAUUAGUUUAUAUAAUAAUAUUUCAUUUAUAUACCAAAAUACUAAGACAGUUUUCGGCCGUUUUCCGUAGUAUCAUCAGUUUGAAAGUCUUACUUAUUAAGUCACUUCAGAAGAACGACAAACUUUGUACAUGUUUUUGUAAUUUUUAUCCAAAAGUUUUAAAACAAUAAUUUUCACUACCCACUGUGUUUGAAUAGUUAUUACUGACUUAUCACAUAAAUUUCUAAAAUAUUUGGGAUGCAACAUAUAAUAAAAUAAAGUAUUUAUCUAUUAAAAAUGCUGCGUUGAAGACAUUUAAUAUGCACCCUCCACCUAGCAUGUUUAUUUUUUACUUUGCCUACUAAGAUUAUUGGCGCGUGGGAGAGGCUUUUGGCUAAUAUUUAAAAAGUGGGUUAGUUAUGCUUACAUAAUAUGUAGAUAAGUCUGUACAGGCUAUGUAACCCAUAAGAAAAUAAGCAUCACUACUUUAAACUGUACAUAUUAGAAGCAAUAAUAUUUAAUUAGUCUUAUUUACGACCAUAUAUAGUUAUGGGGUCUUUGCCACUUUUGGAACUGUACUACUAGCCAGAACGUUGUAACAUCAUUUUAUACUUCUUUUGAAUUUUUAUAAGGAAAAAGCUAUUUAGGGGCCCCCAGGGGAAAUCGAAAAAUUUGUGAAAUUAGCAUCUUUGAGACUUUAGCCUACUUCGAAGGCUAUAAAAUAAGAAGCGAUACGAUUAUAUUUAUAAUUUAGUUAGAAAAAAAAACAAAAGUAUUUUCUGUGUUAUUUUACUUAUCUUAACUUCAAUAUUUUUACAUUCGGAAAGAUAAAUAGAAUUAAAAACUCGCGAAUUACUAACAAUAAGAGAAGCUUUCACAAAAUAACAUAUUUCUUAAAAUUUAGGUUUAUCCAUCCGAAUUCAGUGUUUCAUUACAACAAUUCGUAUCAGAUAUGAAAUCAUGCGAAGAGGAAUGCCGUCAUCAAGCUUUAUCGAUAUGCCAGAAAUGCCUGGUUACCGCGCGACAACAAAAGUUUGGAACUCGCGAUGACUCGGACGUGAUAUUAAACAACGUCUUGCAAACACAAGAGCACCUAAAUGGCAACAACUUGAACGUGGCGCUACAAACGAAGCGGAUCAACGAGCGUGAUGUCAACGAUUUGCUUCGGAAUACUUGGGUUGGCUAA